CGACGUCAUAUGCCUGCGUUUUAAACAACAUGGCCACCUAGUUGGAGAGUAGUCGAACCACUUGCGAAAAACUCGUUGUUUUGGUCGCCAGAGGAACUGUAUUUUACAAGUCGUGGAUUUCAACAAGUGUGGCAGCAUUUCACUUUGUGUGUUUUUGAUAAGAAUUGAUUGAAAAUGAAGUCGGACGCGGAGGAGUUAAUGCCGAGGCUGCUGCCCGUUGACUUCGGAGCCAGUACAGAAGAGCUGGACCUGAACGGACCUCCGAGAAACCCCCGAGAAUACCUCCGACAAGUCCAGCUGGAGGCAUCACUUUGUCCAGAGGUGGUGGUUGCACAAAUUGACCCAAAGAAACUGAAGAAGAAACAAACAGUUAAUGCCUCUGUGGCAGGUUGCCAUGCGGCUCCAGUGGGUUUCUCCCCCAGUCUCCGUUGGCAGCAGCAGCAAGUCAGUAACUUCUCAGAUGUCAGACAGUCCAUCACCAAGAACAGAAUACACUGGAGCAGCCAGACUCUGGAUGACAACGUGCUGAUGCCAAAGCUAACAGAUGAAGAGGGCUGGAAAAGAUUUUGUUUAGGAGAGACAGUCUAUCUGGGUACUUCCUCCUGCCAGACAAAUGCUGAACCAGAACCAGCGCUGGACUACAGUAAAAUUGGCUUCCCUCCCUUCCUCAGCAUAGUCAGCAGACUGAAUCAGUCCACCGUGCUGAUGCUGUUGGAAAUUCUCAUCAGUUGGUUUGAGGAACACGAGUUUGCUCCUCAGCUGGGACGCUGGCUGUAUUCUCUGUUGGCCUGCCUGGAAAAGCCUCUGAUACCUGAAGCCCACUCCUGCAUCAGACAGCUGGCCAGGCGAUGUUCUCAGCUCCGUAGCACACUGGAGAGUCAGGAAGACGAGAAACUGCCUCCCCUCAACCUGCUCAUCUGUCUUGUUGCCAGGUACUUUGAGCAGAAUGACCUGGCAGACCAGCCAGAGUGAACAGCGUUGAGCUGUAAUGACUUCUAUCAACACAACAUGAAGAAGAAAUGUGUUCUGAGCUUUUCUUACCGAUGCAGCCUUCAGUCACAAGGCUCCACAAUCUCACUGUGAACACACUGCAGAGAAAUGUUGAAAAGAAAGUGGCAGAGGACACGGACACUCGGGACUGUGUGGGAUCUUCAUACACGCCAAUGAUGAGGACUGGAACAUGAACUCAUGACCUACUAUCUCUAUUAACUGGGUGUUUUGGAGCUCAGUCCUGAGGUUUUUCAUGCAUCAAAUUAUUUGCCCAUUAAACAUUUAUGAUGAUUUGUAGAACUGA